GCAUUCUCUCUCUUCUCAUGUACAUUGGACAAUGAAAGUAUAACACGCUCUUAUAGAAGUUUGUCAUCCCUAAAAACUCUUUAGCAAUAUUUAUUAAAAAAAAAAAAACCCAACAUUUUUCCUUUGUUUUUCAAUUGAUGAUUUAAGAUUGUCUGCUUUCCAAUGGCCAGCUUAUGCAUGCCAUAGUAGUUCAAAGAGUUCAGUCCAUUGAAAAUUAAUUGCCCUAGUUUGGACAAAAUAGACAAUGGAAGAGAGUUUUGUACCAUUUCGUGGAAUCAAGAAUGACCUUGAAGGGAGACUCAAGUGCUACAAGCAAGACUGGACCAGUGGUCUCAGGGCAGGUUUCAGGAUUUUGGCUCCCACCACGUAUAUAUUUUUUGCAUCUGCAAUUCCAGUUAUUUCAUUUGGAGAACAGUUGGAAAGAGAAACCGAUGGGAUUCUCACAGCUGUUCAAACAUUGGCCUCCACUGCACUAUGUGGAAUAAUACACUCUAUUAUAGGAGGUCAGCCAUUGCUGAUCCUUGGAGUUGCAGAGCCAACUGUAAUUAUGUACACAUUUAUGUUCAAUUUUGCCAAGAAUAGGCCAGAUUUGGGAUCAGAGCUCUUUCUUGCAUGGACUGCAUGGGUUUGUGUGUGGACUGCAGUCUUGCUGUUCCUACUUGCUAUCUUAGGAGCUUGUUCCAUUAUCAACAGAUUUACUCGUCUUGCCGGGGAGUUGUUUGGCCUUCUUAUUGCAAUGCUCUUCAUGCAGGAAGCUAUUAAGGGACUUGUUGAUGAGUUUCGUAUACCUGAAAGAGAAAAUCCAAAGUUGCUAGAGUUUCAACCUUCAUGGAGAUUUGCAAAUGGAAUGUUUGCUUUGGUUUUGUCCUUUGGCCUUCUCUUUACUGCAUUAAGAAGCCGAAAAGCACGAUCUUGGAGAUAUGGAUCUGGAUCUUUGCGAGGCUUCGUAGCAGACUAUGGUGUGCCAUUAAUGAUUCUGGUAUGGACGGCUGUUUCUUAUAUACUAGCAGGAAGUACUCCAAAAGGGAUUCCAAGGCGGCUUUUCAGUCCUAAUCCAUGGUCCCCAGGUGCAUACGAAAAUUGGACCGUCAUGAAGGACAUGUUAAAGGUUCCAGUGCUCUAUAUAAUCGGAGCUUUCAUUCCAGCAACAAUGCUCGCCGUCCUGUAUUAUUUUGAUCACAGUGUAGCUUCGCAACUAGCUCAGCAGAAAGAAUUCAAUUUGAGGAAGCCACCUUCUUUCCAUUUUGAUUUACUUCUUCUGGGAUUCUUGACGAUAUUAUGUGGUCUUAUUGGCGUCCCUCCGGCAAAUGGUGUCAUUCCACAAUCCCCAAUGCAUACUAAAAGCUUAGCUACAUUGAAACACCAGUUGCUUCGAAACCGAAUAGUAGAAACAGCCCGCAAAUGUAUGCAUAAUAAUGCAAGCUUAGGACAAGUGUAUGAUAGCAUGCAAGAAGCCUAUCAACAAAUGCAGAGUCCACUGGUUUACCAAGAACCUUCUGCUCGGGGAUUAAAGGAACUGAAAGAAUCAACAAUUCAAAUGGCUUCAACCAUGGGAAGUAUUGAUGCCCCAGUUGAUGAGACAGUAUUUGAUGUUGAGAAGGAAAUUGAUGAUCUGCUGCCUAUCGAGGUAAAAGAACAGCGGCUAAGUAACUUGCUUCAAGCUACAAUGGUUGGAGGAUGUCUUGCAGCAAUGCCUUUCAUUAAAAAGAUCCCAACUUCUGUGCUUUGGGGCUACUUUGCAUUCAUGGCCAUUGAAAGCUUGCCAGGGAACCAGUUCUGGGAGCGAAUAUUGUUGCUCUUCACGGCACCAAGUAGACGAUACAAAGUGCUGGAGGAGUACCAUGCCACCUUUGUGGAAACUGUACCUUUCAAGACAAUUGCUGUAUUUACAAUUUUCCAAACUGCUUACUUGUUAGUUUGUUUUGGGAUGACGUGGAUCCCACUUGCCGGGGUCCUUUUCCCAUUAAUGAUCAUGCUUUUGGUUCCUGUGAGACAAUAUAUUUUGCCCAAGUUUUUCAAAGGGGUCCACCUUCAAGAUUUAGAUGCUGCGGAGUAUGAAGAGUCACCAGCUGUUCCAUUCAGCCUUGUAAAUGAAGGGGAGCUGAUUAGAACUGCUUCAUUUGCUGAUGAUGGAGAGAUUUUAGAUGGAAUGUUUACACGAAGCAAGGGCGAGAUCAGACGCAUAGGCAGCCUAAAGGUGACAAGCGCCACUGCUACACCAUCCAAAGAAUUUAAGGGCACUGAGAUCGAGAGUCCACGUUUCUCGGAACAAGGGUACAGCCCUAGAGUAAACGAACUGAGGGCAGGCCGAAGAAGUCCUCGGAAUGUUGGAAGAGGCCCAUUCAGUCCAAGAACAAGUGAAGUCAGACCGUCGAAUCUAGGAAAAAGUGGUUAGGAAUGGACAAGUGAUGGACCAAAACUGCCAAAAGAAACAGUGUAGGCAGAAAAUAGAUUGAUAAACAUGCAGGAAAUCUACGACGCAUUUGCCUCACUUCUACCAUUCUUUUUAAGUACAUGUUUUAUAUUCAUACAUUCUUUUCAUUUGAUCUGACCGACCAAAACUGGAUGACAGAGCUAAAUAUGCUAUUGAUUAGUUAAGAAAAACUAUGAUGCUAUGAAAAGUACAUUGUAAAAAUGGCAUUAUCGAUACAA